UUAUGGGCAUGUUGAGAACUUCCAGAAGCUGGAUUAAAGCAUCUCUUUUACAAUGAUAUCUAAUCUCGUCCUAAAGCUCCAAGCAAUGGCGAGUCCACCAGCUCCCCUGAAGAAGAGGGUGGCGAUCUGCUCAAGUCGGGCUUCAGUUUUCCAGGGACGCCAGAGGAGGAGCUAGACCAGCAGUACUCAUGGUCACCUUCUCAGCACUUCAAUGAAGAAAGAUACUCUCCUGCUCCGAGGAAUAUGAAAGGAUUAUCUGGUAGUCGCAACCAGCCACAGUUAUGUUCAGCUCAUACUUGUGGUUUAGCAUCCCCUGAAGAUUGUGAACACACCCACGACCAUAUCCACCAUGGGCAGGAGCCAAGGCAAUCGUAUCUUCUCAGCCCCACAGAGAGUUGCCCGAUGGACCACCAUCGUUGCUCACCACGCAGCUCCAUUCAUUCUGAAUGCAUGAUGAUGCCCAUGGUAAUGGGCGAUCACAUGUCAAGUAGCACUUUCCCCAGAAUGCACUACAGCUCACAUUACGACUCAAGAGACGACUGCGCCAUGUCUCACGGUAACCCUAAGAUUAACCGUAUUCCGGCGAAUCUUUUGGACCAAUUUGAGAAACAACUUCCUCUUCACCGGGAUGGGUUUCACACUUUACAGUACCAGAGGACCUCAACAGCUGCGGAACAACGCAGUGAGAGCCCAGGAAGAAUACGCCAUCUCGUUCAUUCAGUCCAGAAACUUUUUACUAAAUCUCAUUCUCUGGAAGGAUCAUCAAAGGGCAAUGUUAAUGGAACAAAGGGAGACAGUCGAGGGGACGACCAUCAUCACGGGCACCAUUCCAAGCAUAGCAAAAGGAGUAAAAGUAAGGAGCGAAAACCGGAAAGCAAGCAUAAAUCUGGCAUGAGCAGCUGGUGGAGCUCUGAUGAUAAUUUGGACAGUGAUAGCACUUACCGAACCCCUAGUGUGGUAAAUAGGCACCAUGCAGAUCAUAUAACCCAUUGCUACCCUGAGGCGCUCCAGGGGCAUUUUGGGGAUCUCUCAUUGAAGACUUCCAAAAGUAACAAUGAUGUGAAAUGUUCGGCUUGUGAAGGGCUAGCAAUGACCCCUGAUGGUAAAUAUAUGAAAAGGAGUUCUUGGUCCACGCUUACAGUAAGUCAAGCUAAAGAAGCUUAUCGCAAAUCAUCACUGAACUUAGAUAAGCCUCUUGUUCAUCAGGAAAUCAAACCUUCCUUGAGGCCGUGCCAUUACCUUCAGGUACCUCAGGAUGAAUGGGGAGGAUACCCAGCUGGUGGGAAGGACGAAGAGAUCCCCUGCAGAAGAAUGAGAAGUGGGAGCUAUAUUAAGGCCAUGGGAGAUGAAGAAAGUGGAGACUCUGAUACUAGCCCCAAGACAUCACCAAAAUUAACGGUUCGACCAGAGUCGUUAUUAAAAUCCAUUGGACAAAGACCACUGGGAGAUCAUCAAAAUCAGAGCUACCUUCAAACUGCAAGUGACGUGCCUGGGGGUCACAACCUGGAUCCCUCUGCAAACUACAAUUCCCCAAAGUUUCGCUCAAGGAAUCAGAGCUAUAUGAGAGCAGUGAGCACGCUCAGUCAGGCCAGCUGUGUUAGUCAGAUGAGUGAAGCAGAGGUUAAUGGGCAAUUUGAAUCGGUGUGUGAAUCAGUGUUUAGUGAAGUUGAAGCUCAGGCAAUGGAUGCCCUUGACCUCCCUGGAUGUUUCCGAACAAGAAGCCACAGUUACUUGCGUGCCAUUCAGGCAGGCUAUUCCCAAGAUGAUGAAUGUAUACCUGCGAUGGCAUCUUCCAACAUCACUUCAACUAUCAGGUCAACCACAGCUGUAACUUACACAAGUUACAAAAAAACACCACCGCCGGUACCCCCUCGUACCACUUCCAAGCCACUGAUAUCAGUCACGGCCCAGAGCAGCACAGAAUCCACCCAGGACGCAUAUCACGACAGCCGGACUCAGAGGAUUUCCCCGUGGCCGCAGGACGGGCGAGGGAUGUACAACUCCACCGACAGUUUGGACAGUAACAAGGCCAUGAAUCUCGCCUUGGAAACUGCGGCUGCACAGCGCCACGCGUCCGAGAGCCAGAGCACCUCGAUACGAACCAGUGACAAGGCCAUUUUAGUAACAAAAGCAGAGGAGUUUCUUAAGAGUCGACGUUCCUCUAUAGGGAUCCAGGUGGAAACAGCAACUGAUUCAGAUACUGAAAGCAGAGGCCUACGGGAAUACCACUCUGUUGGAAUACAAGUGGAAGAUGAAAAACGACACGGACGAUUCAAGCGCUCAAACAGUGUAACAGCAGCUGUCCAGGCUGACCUGGAACUGGAGGGCUUUCCAGGACACAUCACCAUGGAGGACAAGGGACUUCAGUUUGGCUCGUCGUUCCAGCAACACUCAGAGCCCAGCACACCCACCCAAUACAGCGCAGUGAGAACUGUACGGACACAGGGACUGUUCAGUUACAGAGAAGAUUAUAGGACCCCAGUUGACACCUCAAACCUUCCACCACCAGAACCCUGGCUAGAGCCAGCCAUUGAGACAGUAGAGACUGGACGAAUGUCUCCUUGUCGACGGGACGGAUCUUGGUUUAUGAAGUUGCUACAUACUGAAACUAAGAGAAUGGAAGGAUGGUGUAAAGAAAUGGAAAGAGAAGCAGAAGAAAAUGAUCUUUCUGAAGAAAUCCUAGGUAAGAUCCGAAGUGCUGUUGGAAGCGCUCAGCUCCUCAUGUCUCAGAAAUUCCAGCAAUUUUAUUGGCUUUGUCAGCAAAAUCUGGACCCGAGUGCCAUGCCGAGACCAACUUCCCAGGACCUCGCAGGUUUCUGGGACUUAUUGCAGCUCUCAAUUGAAGAUGUCAGCAUGAAGUUUGAUGAACUGCACCAGUUGAAACUCAAUGAAUGGAAAAUAAUAGAAUCACCUGAAAGGAAGGAAGAAAGAAAGGUUCCUCCUCCUGUACCAAAGAAGCCCCCAAAAGGAAAAUUCCCUAUCACGAGAGAGAAAUCUCUGGACCUACCUGACAGACAGCGACAAGAAGCUAGAAGACGGCUAAUGGCUGCUAAGAGAGCAGCCUCUUUCCGGCAGAAUUCAGCCACAGAGCGUGCAGACAGCAUCGAGAUAUAUAUCCCAGAGGCUCAAACACGGCUUUAAAGACAGAAUGCUGCAGAGUUCCUUUUUUAAACAAAAUGCUUGUACAGUUUGUCACUUACCUGGUAAUUUUUGUCUCAUUCUCUCCACUAAAUAUGCCCUUGCUGUUGUGUUCUUUGUGCCAUAAGCACAGUGGAAUGCUUUUGAUUUCCUCAGAAUUUGCUGAGCUCACCGCAAGAAUGACUUCUUUUUGUAUUUAUUGUCUGACUUACAAUCAGCUACAAUGGAUAGGGCUUGUUGAGACCUGACUUAUCCAAUAUAUUCUCAGAGGACAACAAGAAACACCUCUUGAGAUGGAACCCAGCUUACUUUUUUGUUAUUUAUAUUUUUAUAAAAUGUGUGAUAAUUAGGGAUAAGAAUAACAAACUAUAAAUGGGUGCAUCUCACCAUUCACUAGAGGCAUUAGCUAAUCCAAGUAGAAGGUGCUACAAAUGUAAAGAGCAGGAAAGAAAGAACCCAUUUAUCUCUCUGACCUCCAGUUUCUUUUCCUAGAACCCAGCUAACACAUUUACCCAUGUGCUCUGCCACUCUUCUCGUCUUUGUUACUGCAAAAUUACAUUAGGCCUCCCAUGUCAUGUUAAGUUUCUGGAGAUGAACAGGGAUAUCCAGCCACUAAAACUCCAAAGUUCAUCAGAAACCAAGAAGCAUACAAGUCUGGUGGUGGUGGGAAUGCCCACUGAGGAACGGUUGCUGUUAGCACUAUAAUGACACUCCGAAACCUAAGCAAAAUUAUAAUGCAAGAGGACUUGAGUGAUGGGUGAAAGGAAAAUGGAAGCCUUAAAAAGUUAGAUCUUCUGUAGCAAGAUGUGUAAAGAAAAAGUUAUACUCGCUCCUUUGGAACACUCACUGCAUUUUUAACAGUUAUUUUAUGUGUUAACCUUUAUUUUAUAAACCUUCUCUCUUUCAUUUCAAAAGCUGUGCUACAUGUAAUAUUUCAAAUUCUCAAAAUGUUAUAUCAUUUGAGUUUCCAGGGUAUCCUUGAGAAAAAAAAAAAAAAUCUUGCUUGUUUAAAAUGCCAGUUGUGAUGUUGUAAACAGUUUAAGAAAUAUGAAUGUGAGUGGUAAGUAUAUCUAAGUUUAAAUGGUUAUGUUAAGGUAAAGGUGAACUGUGGUUUACAGUUGUAUUUUUUUUUAGAACUAUUUUUCUAUGCAGUAUCAUUUAUGGCAAGAAUAAGCUUCUUGCUUGCUUCAGACAUAAAAAAAAAAAACCAACCAUGACUCAAGACAUAAGUGGUUUCCAGCCAUGGAAUAAAAAUAAAAUAAUAUAUUUUCAAGCCUCGCAUUGUCAGAAGAGAGAGUUGGUAACUACCAUGGUCAAGAGGCUUUAAUUUAAAACAAAUUAAGACAGAAUUAUUCCACUUCACCUACCUUCCAGAGCCAACUGAGCAACCCAGCACUUAGAAGUCUUCAGGUGAAGACGCAAUAAGAUGAGUAACCCACAGCCCCCGACUCCAAGGUUUGAAUCCUACUGAACACUAUUGUAGGUCAAAACAGUGUGAACCCAGUGAGACAGACAGCCCCAACUGCCGCACCCCUGUUUACCUGCUUUAACAAAUGCAAUGUAUUUAGCCAUAGGCAGAACAGCUAUUUAAUUAUACUCAAGCACUUUGGUUCUUCACCUGAUGAGCACUUUAAAUCUGAAUCCCAUGCACCCUGCAGCCUGACGGAUGACUGAAAACAUGAAGUAUCGUAGGUUAUGCAGAUCUGACAUUGCUUCAAAUCUGUUUUCUUUUGGGUUUUUUUUUUGUUUUUCUCUUUCCUUCUCUUUUUCCUACAGUGUGUAGUAUUAAGCAUGAGUUCUGUCUUUGGAGCACAGCUGAUAAAGCAUGUUUAGCUUCAAGAUAUGAAUCUUCAGAGAUGAAGUCUUGAGAAGUUUCUGUGAGGAGAAAACCCUGUAAAUUGAGCCUGAUAUCUGGUAUAUACUUUACCAAAUAGCCUUAAACUAUAUUUGGAAGCAAAAACCAAGACGAAUGUAUGUCCUUCAAAAUGAAAAAAAAAUAAAAAUCCCUGAAAUAUUCUUCUAUAGAUGAAAACAGUAUAUUUCCCAUCCCUUGUGUUUUCAAGGCAUUUUCUAUUAAGGAAAGAGCUGGAUCAUGGGUAGUGUACAAUACUGAUGCUACUUCCUAUAUUAGUUGUACUAUUUUAAAUACAAAUGUACGUGCAGACAUUGGCAACUUUCAACCUGAAAACUGAUAUCCUAUUUAAAAUGCAAAACGAAAUACAAAACUAAAGCCAGUGUCUUUCUGAAAAUUAAGAAAUUUAAAAUAGACGCACACACCCCUAUACAUACAUACAUAUAUAUAUAUAUAUAUAUAUGGCAGCUGAUACAUUUUAUCUAAUUUUCCCGUAGACUUAAAGGAGAAAUCACACUUGACUUACUUGCUUGAAGACCCCCACCUGCGGCAACAGGUCAUGCAAUUAAGACAAUUAGUAUUUGAACCUGCCAGUAAUCAGACUGUAUAAAGACAACUUGUUAAAACAACACAUUACAGAUAAGCUUAGAUCCCAGCUGACCUAAUAAAGCUGACUUGGAGCAGUCCGUAUAAGUCUUUAAUUUUAGAAUCAUAUUUUGAUAGCUUUUUGAUAUGUUAAGAUUUUAUUGGAUGUUCUCAGGCAAAAAUAGGCCUGGGUGAAUGAUGCCAACUCUGUGUUUUACAUUUCCCGUGCCAUUACGAGGAAAUGUUCAAUAUAAGCUUUGGGUAUCUACAAUUUCUAUUUGUUCCAACUUUGUUCAAAAAGAAAAAAAACAAAAGAGUCAAAAGUAAACUGGAUGCCUACUGAAAAAUCUGAUAAUAUGUUAUCUGUGCAUGUUACGUUUUGAAGUGCAAUAUUUUAAAUUCUUGUACAGGUAACAUUCUAUCAUUAAAGGCAAAUAAGCCAUUUCUAUUUACGUAUUGUACAUCUGGUUAGUUUAAAAAAAAACAUUAUGCUUAUCAUACUUGUGUUGCAACUAAAUCAAAGUCAAAUUGCUUCUGUCCCUGACAUGAGAAACACAGCAUGUGGUAUCUUAAUAAACAUACAAACAAAUCAAUUGUAAUCUGACCCCACAUCGUAAAAAUAAAAUUCAGUUACAAAACCAAUGUAGGAGGAACAUAAAUAAACAUAAAGAUAGAAAGUGGAAUGCUUUCUACUUAGACACUUCAUGGUGUAGACCCACACAGAACAGCUGGAUAUAGCAAAAUAGUCUAGAGCUUAACUGAAUACUAAUCAGACUAAUAUUUAUUUUAACAGAUGAAAUUUAUAGAAAGUCUCUGUUCAUUUCUUCAUUGCCUGUAAAACACAAGUAUAAUAAACAGAAUUAUGAAAAUUUAAAUAAAGAAGACGACCUGACUGGUAAAAUUGUUGAUAUUUGCCAUACUUACUUUUGCUUUGUAUAUUUUUUUAGAUUUGAAAUUCUUUGUAAAUUGGUGAAGCACAUUAUGAAGUGUUUUAUUAUUUCUUGUCGACCUGAUCAGAAUGGCCUUUGGCAGUGUGCAAAGGCUAAUAACGUCGUACAGUUUAAUACCAAAAAUGACAUUUCAAUUCAUGCUUAAACCUUGUCACCAUGUUAGAUUUCAGAUCAGUCAGGAAGGAAUUAAAGCAUGCAUAGGAAGGUGUGUGGAUUUCAUAUAUAUAUAUACAUAAAAAUACAUUUCAUAUAAUGGAAAUUUUUUUUAAUAAGCCUAUGUCCUGCUGUAUCAGUAAAUCAGUACUCUAGUUCCAUCUUCUUCAGCACUGCAUCUGGUAUAAAGUGAGGGUAUGUUCCAUCACUGGGUGGCUUUGCAAGGUAAAGAAACAACCUCUACGUGCUGACGUGCCAUACGUGACCCGCAGCCUCCUCACGCCCUGCUGGGAGCGAUGCCCUUGCGAGGCUCCUGGCCCCACGGCACUCUCGGGCAGCACUGCCACUUUGUGCCAGGUCCUCCCCACGCAGGUCCACCCGGCCCCCCGCGCCAGGAGCAGCGUGCCUGCAGAUCAGCCCAUCUCAGCCCUGUGUGUUCAAAGCCUUGAGCCUGCCCUGCCCGGUUGGUGGGUUUGGUGGUGGCAGGGGGCACGCCUGAGUCUGACCCAUCGAGCGCUGGUUUUGCGCAUGUUAAUUUGAGAGCUGAAGUUGUCCUGGCAGCUCCAUGUGUCAAGCUGUGUGCGCUGAAAAGCUGUGAAAUCCUUUGUAACAGGAGCCUCAGCAUUAGACAGAGCUUAAAUGAAACGUGAAGCAGCGUUACUCCUGAUACUGUUCCCAGAGCAUCUUAUGAUGUAGUGAUACCACCCGCAAACUGCAUUCGAGGUGAGGCAUAUCAGCAAACCCCUUAAGGUCCACAGAGGUGCUUCCUGGUGUAUGGCAGGUUGACACAUUUAUACAGUGCCUUUCUUCCAGAAGGAUCUCCAAGCACUUUAUUAGCUGACACACAAGCUCCAGGCUGGGCUGCAGCUGGGGCAGGUUACCCUGCCCAUAGCCUGGUGACCCAGCAUGGCCAGAUGCUGGGCACUCUCCUGCCUGUCCCCACGCUGCCGGGGAGUUUCCUUCUGCACCACCCUCGCAGCACCUGGGAGGACCCUUACGGUCUGAGCCUGUGCUGAAGGAGGAGCAAAGACUCACUGAACCAAGAGGAAGACCUGAGCAAAGAAGAGGCGAGGGCAAUGCUCGUACCAUCCCUACAGGGCAUCGGCAGGGAAAGCAAAGCAUCACGUUCAGGUUCCAGAACAAUGUCUGCCAGUCCCAGGCAUGGGAGCUGAUGGCACCUGCAGCUGAGACCUCUCGGCCAGAGAUCUCAGCAAGUCUCUUCUUUGCAAGUGCAUUUCCCCAUGGCUUUCUUAGUGGGAGAGACCGACCUGGGGCACGGAGCUGCAAAAGCAGCCUUCCGCUGUGGCAUAAUUGCCACGCACCCUGUUCUCUGCCCUCUGGCCAAGCUAACGAGGUAUAACAUGAGGCAAAGGACUUAGGCGUAAGGACUACGCUUUGGUUUGGGCAGCUGCUCUUUACUAAGCCUCAGCUCUAACCCUAAGGAUUCUUUGUACGGCAGAGCAACGGAGACGCGCCUCUCAGCAUUGACAGGAGAGGCAGACUAGAGGCAGCUAGUUCAUACUGCAGAUAACAUGAGGAGGAUCUAGACAUACAGAUAUAUAUAAAUAGAUAUAACAGUUUUUCGGUGUCAUGGUCCCAGACGGUUGGACCCAGGAACCAGUCAACACUCACAUUCCUGUAGACCGUGCCCCUUUCUUGCAGCUCGGCCUCAGCACUGACGGCCGUGGCAGCUUCCCUGCCUUAGUGCAGCCCCACGGCCCUUCUGCAACUAGUCACCGUGUUCACCUCCAGGGACCAUCUUUUGGGAACAACUGUUUUAUGGCAUAUUCAUAAGCAUACACAGACUCCUGGCAGGAAUUAAGCCCUCUGUAUGUACAGAAAUAGCUUAAUGUAUCUCUGAAAUGCAGCUACCUCUAUGGUGUAAUGCUGCAGCUGUUUAACUACAUAAUAGGCUGUUCAGGACAGCAAGUAUAAAACAGAAAUUGAAAUGGAAAGUUGCCCAAAAGAGAAUUUGACCAGCAUAUUUAGGCUGAAUCAGCUCCUCUUAAUGAAAUAAAAUUCUAAUAGCUACAAGAGGCCAUGGCACUCAUUAUAUCUAAAAACCAUAUUCCAGAUCCCUUCUCGUUAAAUGCAUAUCGCAUUUCGUAAAUGAUGAUCACAGAAGAAGACUGCAUGUUCACAGUCCCACCUUUUCACACAUGGGUGUUUCUCCCAUUAUCUUUCAUUGCUGAAACAGAACUGGGCUUUUGAAGUCAGAUAGUAGAUAGUGUAAAUUAGUAUGUCUACACGGCUUGCUCUUUAACUGAGCAAACAUAACAGUUUUCAUCAUCUGGCAAUUUAAUUCUCUAUUUUAUUAAGGCCAAAUUGUUAUUUUUCUAAAUCGGUCUUGUUGGACAGGACUUUUUACUCCUCUAUUACAAAACCAUGAAUAUUUUCACCUAAGCUUGAAUGAGGGGGAGGUUUGUCUGAAGAUAUGGCCGUUAUUCACCAAAACAGCCCAUUAGUGAGGAAUUUUCUUCUCCUUCCCUUACUCUUCUUUCAUUCAACACAGAAUUUCCCAUUCCUAAAACUAAACUGUUACACAAGUUUCUUAGUUGUGAGAUGAAUUAUUGCAGAGCUUUGGGCUAAAUUCUGAUCUCGGUUGUAUUAGAAUCAGCGCUAAGGAACUGAAAUCAGAAAGAAAUGUCAGAUUUGGACCAGUAUAAUUUGAUCAAUAUCUGACUUGGCAAGUCCUGCUGAGGUGGGAAGGACUUACCACUCGACGUAGUGAUGAGCCAUUACUUCACAGGGCAUAGGUCUUCCUUUCGGGUAGGUCACAAUCAAGCAGAGGGCUUGGUAGCAGGUUCAAGUCUCUGAUUAUAGUCCUCACAAAGAAACACUAGCUUUGUUUGUCGUUACCUGUGGAAUCCACAUGCUCAUAUCCAUGCUUUGAUUUACCCUUUGGAGGUUUAAUUAUAUGGCCAUCUCAUUGAAAAAGGGCUCAGCAUGUAUGUAUUCUUUAGCCUACUUUAUAUAUUAUUUUCCUGAAUUAAGAAAAAUUCCCUUUCAAGUAGCCUGACUUAUACUGCUCUAGAACUGUUCUUUCCUGAAGAAAAGCCACUAUGACUGUGCAGGAUUUUCUGUACAGAGACAAAACUCAUACUUUCAUUUACCAUGUGACAUGCCAAAAUAAUCGUGUGGCCUAAGGACUAAAUUAAAUGCCUCCUAUAGAAUUUCAAGGAAUGUUAGAACCAGGAAACUAGCUGUUUAGUUAUCAUUAAAAGUAUAUAUAAAUAUAUAUAAAUAUAUAUAUACAUAAGAAAUCAUAUCAACAAUGAGGAUGAACUGAGUGCCAAAUAUUCACCAUCUGUAUAAAGCUACACUUCACUAGAAUUAAACUAUUUUAUGUAAUUCUCUUUCUCAUGCUUUUAUGGUUCUUUUGAUAAAUUCUAUUUAGUAGCAUGCAGGAUACCUGAAUUGAAUGUACAGUAUGUUGUUUCAUUGCUACAAUAAUUUCUUGCUUCUCAGUAAUAUCUUCUUUACCAGAAUGUUAUUUGUUACUUUGAAGACAUAUCUGAGAAUUGUUUUAUUAUUGAGUUAUUCUUUUUUCAUGAUUCUCUACUCACCUCCAGCUGAUUGUAAGAAAAUGUGCUUCACUGUUUUGCCCCAUGGCUCUUUUAUGAAGCUGCCUCUUUCAAUUGGUUUAUGUAUUGUUUAUGUUCAUCUCCUGUAAAUAAU